GCAGCUUCUCCGCCACUCGACACGACAGGAGGGAAGCGAGCCGAGCGCCGGGACUGAAACGCGCUCUAGUUGUGUUGGGAAUUCUGCGCGUCGGAGCGUCUCUGUAGCGUGCGGUGAGUGUGAAGAGAAAGCUGAGCCUGUGGUGGUAUUCCGGGGAUGUGUAAACUGUCCUCCUGCCCUGAGUCUCAUCAGUCUUUAAGAGCUGAAGUUCAGCAAGAUCGUGUAUAUUGGGCGCACAGUCGCCAUGGCUUUGGUUCAGGCACUGCCCGUGCCUUCUGAUCAACCACAGUCCAGUGCUGAUCUUCGGCAGUGCCACAGCGUAUCACACUCUCCAACCUCAGGCACCAUGGGCUCUGUCAGCAGCCUUAUCUCUGGACGCACUUAUCAGGAACGCCACUGCCGUGCUGUAAGUGAUUUCAGUGCCAGGCUUCGCAAGCCCCUGCCAGCCACGAGUUGUUUCCGGCAGCAGGAGGGCACACUGCGCAGGGCCACCUCUCAGGAGGAGCUCAUCAACAACCAGCCUCCUCUGCCUGUCAAGAACAAACCCACUACCCUUUUGACUGCCGGCAAUGGCAACUAUGGAUACAUGAGUGAUGAGGUGGUGGAUGACUGGAAUGAUAACCAUGUCAAAGUUGGCAGCCCAUGCAGUGACCCAGAGGAAACACAGGACAACCGAGGAACUGGGAAUGGUACCAACAUCGGAGGCCCUCCACCAAAACUCAUCCCUGUCUCAGGCAAGCUGGAGAAAAAUAUGGAGAAGGUUGUCAUCCGACCAACCGCCUUCAAGCCUGUAGUAUCCAAGAACCGCAACUCAGUUCAAUACCUCUCCCCACGACCAGGGGGCAGUCUGUCCGAGAGCCACGGCAGCCUCAACCUUUUACUUCCAGGCGGAGCUGGGAUGAUUUGCACAGAGAAACAUAUUUCGUACGGCAGUGGUCGCAACGCUCGAAACAGUCAGACUUGCAGCAUGUCAGAUUCUGGCCGCAAUUCACUCUCUAGCCUGCCCACAUAUAGCAGUACAGCCUGCAGCCUGGUGCAGAGCGAGGGACUGUCCACAAGCGCAGAGUCCACACGGCCCACAGGAGGACACGGCCACACUAACUCGGACAGUGGCCGCUCUUCGUCCAGCAAGAGCACAGGCCAGCCACUCUCAGACAGCGGCUCAUGCGGGCGUUCUCCUGCUCCCCCAGAGGGGUACGAGAGCAUUAUUCGUGAGCUGGAGGAAAAGCUGAGGGAGAGAGACUUGGAGCUGCAGCAGCUCCGAGACAACCUGGACGAGAAUGAAGCAGCCAUCUGCCAGGUGUACGAGGAGAAGCAAAAGCGCUGUGAGCAGGAGAUGGAGGAGCUCAGGCAUAGCUUUGCAACCAAGAUGAAGCAGAUGCAGCAGAAAGCACAACGGGCCCAGCAGGUGCUGCAGCUGCAGGUCUUCCAGCUCCAACAGGAGAAGAAGAAGCUGCAGGAGGAUUUCUCACAGCUGCUUCAAGAGCGAGAGACACUGGAAAAGAGAUGUGCCACCAUUGAAAGGGAGCAGAAUCAGCUAGGCCCCCGUCUAGAGGAGACCAAGUGGGAGGUGUGUCAAAAGUCUGGAGAGAUCUCUCUGCUGAAGCAGCAGCUGAAGGAUGUUCAGGCUGACCUGGGCCAGAAGGCAGCCGAGAUUGUGGCCCUGAAGGCCCAGCUGCGAGAAGCUCGCUCUGAGCUGCAGGCCAGCCAGACACGCUCACACGAGGCCCAGGCAGCAGCAAGAACUCGCACACUCGAACUGGAAGUAUGUGAGAAUGAGCUGCAGCGGCGCAAGAGCGAGGCUGAGCUCCUACGUGAGAAACUGGGCCGGCUUGAAAUGGAGUCCACCCGACUCAGAGAUGUGUUGGCGUUGCCCAACAGCAAGGGCCAGUGCAUGAGCCUUCCUCUGCCUCAGAGCCGCGUUGGGGGUGGCCUGAAUCAGGUCCACAGCCCCGCUUUCCGGGAGGUAUUGGAGCCGCUGCCAUCGUACGAAAGUGAUGUCACCAGGGUGCAGCAGCAGAAUACAGAUACUCUGCCUGGUCUGCACUUGCAGAUGGAGCAACUGCGCACCGAGCUGGUGUUGGAGAGAAGGCAUGGACAGGAGCAGCUGGACGCCUUUGAUGAGGAGCGCCGUGUCUGGCAGGAGGAGAAAGACAAGGUGAUCCGCUACCAGAAACAGCUACAACAAAACUACAUCCAGAUGUACCGCCGCAACCGGGAGCUGGAGCGCGUGAUGAGAGAGCUGAGUCUAGAGCUAGAAAACAGGGACAUGGAGGAGUUUGACAUGCGCCAUGACCUCCGAUUUGAGGAAAUUGCUGCCACCGAGAUCUAACCCGUGUUCAGUUUGUUCUCAAUCGAAAUGCUCCGUGUCCUCCACUGUGUCCUCAAAUCUGUUUAGAGGAAAUGACCUAGUCACAGACAGUUCAAAUUGUUUUCAAACACUGCCUGACAUCCACUGUGUCCUUUACAGUGCACUGAUCACCAGAGCACCUCCUCAGAAUCUAGCCAGGGUGGAUAUACAGCCUAGGCUGCAGUAUUUUUUAAACAUCCAUGUCGUGUUGUGUGAGAAUUGCAGUUGCCUUGUCUUUUCUACGCAGAUAUAUACAUCUGGGGAACACAUUUACAUGCAGAAAGAAAAGUUUCUUGAGUCUCCUUUUGCAGAAAGCAGAGUGUGCUUUGCCUGAUUUCAAUUUAAAUAUGCAGCUCCUGUUACGUAAUGGACUGAUAUCCUGUGCUGUGUUGAGAUGCAGUAAAGGCAAUAAUGCAAGAGGAGCACCUGCACUAAUGGAUUUUCCUCCACCUCUUACUAUCAGCAUUAAUAUUAAUGUAACUCUAAUGCAGCACGCUCGAAUUCUACAUUGUUAAAGUGCAUUGCCACAUCAUUCCGUCUGCUUUUGUUGUCUUCAGUCUUGGGAUUGUUCUUACCUUUAAGUAACAGACAUGCACACACAAAACCCAUAUUUUGUAUAGUGCCUGUUGUCAUGUCAGGGUGCAACACAAACGCAAAGAAUAACAUCUGUCCUCAGAGUUCACUGGGUGACUAAUCACUAAUACUAAUCACUUUAUCUAGAAUUACUAUUUUUUAUGAUGAUGAUAUUUGAUAUUUCAUCUUUUCUUUUUUUCUAGAUUGCACAAUGCACCACAUUGUGAUGCACACGAGAGAGUGUGAAUAGCAUGUGUGCAUGAUUUAAUAAUAUUUGUCAUCAGGUUGUCUGAAGAUAUGAUUUAUAGCGAUCUUUGAGGAGAUUACUCAGAUCACACACAACUUGGAUCUAAUGGCUCCGCCCGCAGUGGGCAGAGCCAUUGCUCUCAUUAGUAGCGUAGACAAGACGAUGUAUUCAUAGACCUUAGUUUAGAUUUGCUUCCAGCUUCUGAAAUUCUAACAAAGAAAAUAGACACAUAGGAGAAAAUAUACACAAUAUACACUAUUUUUCAUUAUUACAGAACAAACGCUUUAAAUAUGUAGGAAUGGAGUAUAUUUUAUAUAUUUUUAUAUGCAUAUUAUAUA